AUGGAAAAUGGAUUGAAGUAUUUGUUGUUGUUUUAAAUGCAGGCGAUGACACGGGAUUGCACGUUUCUAGUUGUGGGUGGUGGCAUUGCCGGCGUUUCUUGCGCCGAGACAUUAGCGAUUUGUUGCCCCACCGAAUCUGUCCUGCUGCUCACCGAGUCCAGCAUUGUGAAGAGCGUCACAAAUUUGGUGCCCGUCGCACGUUAUCUGCACAAGUUCGAUGUUCGGGAAAAGAAUGUGACUGAGUUGCGUGCCGGCAUCGCACAUAUUGUGGAUCAAUUGGAGCAUAUUGCCAGCAAGGAACAUUGGGCGCGCACCAAGUCUGGAUUGGUAGUCAAAUAUCGCUAUUUGUGCCUCUGCACAGGCGGAGCACCCAAAUUGUUUGGCCCUGGUCAAGAGGAGCGCAUUAUUGGCAUACGUGACACGGAUUCGGUGCUGGAACUGCAGCGACGGCUUGCGAGCGCAAAAGAUGUGGUUAUUCUGGGCAAUGGUGGCAUUGCCAGCGAACUGGCUCAUGAGCUACAGUCCGUCAAUGUGCACUGGGUGAUAAGAGAUGAUCACAUCUCGGCCACCUUUGUGGAUGUGGGCGCCGCAGAGUUCUUUCAACUGGCCAACAAGGAGACGGGGCUGUUGGACACGACGACGGCCAGCACAGCCAUCAAAAGAAUGCGCUAUGAUGAAAUGCUGCCCAGAGCGCAGGAGCAACAACAAAUCAAGCGAGGUGCCGCCUUGGGACCGGAUUGGCAUCGAAGCUACGACUUGAGCGGUGCCGGCAGCUCUGUCAGAAGUCUACCCAAAAUUUACAGCAAAACUCACAUUGAGAAACUAGAGGAGUUGCCAGAUGCCUUGAGGAUUACGCUGAAACACGAUGAUGAUGACAGUAUUGAGCAGCUGAGCUGUGAUUUUAUGGUGUCGGCGACGGGCGUGCAACCGCGACAUGACUACACCAGCGAUGUGCCGCUCCAGCUGGCUGAGGAUGGCGGUCUGCUGGUGGAUGAAAUGAUGCUCACGAAUCUGAGCGAUGUUUAUGCGGCAGGAGAUGUUUGCACAGCUGCGUGGUCAGCCGCAUCGAAGCACUGGUUCCAAAUGCGUCUGUGGACGCAGGCCAGGCAAAUGGGCGCCAUGGCCGGACGCAGCAUGGCAGCCGCUCUAGAGAACGAGACAAUCUAUCAGGACUUUUGCUUUGAGCUCUUUGGCCAUGUGACGCAGCUGUUUGGCUUUCCCGUGGUUCUGCUGGGCCGUUACAAUGGCCAGGGCUUGGGCAGAGACUAUGAGCUGCUCGUGCGUUGCACGCGCAACAAGGAGUACAUCAAGUUCGUGCUGCAAAAUGGACGACUCCGCGGUGCGAUCCUAAUUGGAGACACAGAUCUGGCGGAGACGUGCGAGAACCUGAUACUUAAUGGCACAGAUCUAGAACCCUAUGGCGAUGAUAUACUCAAUCCAGACAUAGACAUCGAAGACUAUUUCGAUUGACAUAACAUAAAAUACAUAUGUAUAUAUAAUAUAUAACUGUUCCAAUUCGAUUUAAAAGAUUUAAAUUUACGAGCACAGAUUUUUAUACACAAUAAAUUUUAAAAUGUU